ACCUCGACUUCACGCCUUCUCGUCACCCCGGUUUAAAUAUAGUCAAGCCAAUGUCUUGCUACAACCUAUUCGAUAAAUAUCAAGAAGUAUGCAUCCCUACAACCGUCUACACGAGCCUCCCUCAGCAUGUCUUCCAGGUCAUCUCCCAUCUACACCAGCGCCGCUUCUCCUGCUUAUAACUCAUAUACCCCUUCCCCAUCCUCUUCCUCGGGCAUUCACGGCGACACAUCCUCCUACUCAUCGCGCAAAGCAUGGGUAGACCCUAAAAGCUUAGCCAACUGUGGGGACGCAUCGCAGAUACAGGGCAACGUAUCCCCCUACGUCAAACAACUCGUUCUUAAUGCGUUCAUCGCCUACGGCGCUGGUGACGAGCACUGUUUUGGUCACUCCAUUGCUAAAGCUGUCAAGUUUAUCGAUAUCAGUGUACGGGACAGGCAAGGUCGGAUGGAGGCUACGACUGUUGCAGAAUUCGUCGUCUCAAAGAGCAUGUUGAAUGGCGCGGGGAUACUCCACGGAGGUUGUCUAGCCUUUCUGAUUGACAACUGCUGCAGUACUCCCUUGGUCGCACUAGGACUCAUACGAAACACCAACGGAGUGGGAGUCACUCAAUCUAUGAACGUCAUGUUCCACUCCCCUUCACCAGCUGGAUCGUGCUUGCGUAUCAUCAGCACGUCAGUCGCUAUGGGCGCACGAAUCAUGAGCGCUCGAUGUGAGGUUGUUAAUGAGAAAACGGGCGGUGUAGCCGCUUCAGCGUAUCUUAACAAAAUGCAGCCCAAGAUUUCGAAGCUUUGAUGGAUUUGUUUCUUCUUUGUUGGGGGCUGCUCAGACUCCGACGGUGUAUAUCUGCUUACAUGUACCACAUUAUAGUCAAUAGAUAUUCUAUUCAU